AUGGCUUUUGUUGACGGCUCUUGGGCCACGCUUAGUCUAAUGUGUGUUGGGACUUUUGAAAAUGCGCAUUUGUAUUCUUCCAUUCCCGCUCAAAACGGCGCUUUUAUUUCCGUGUAUACGGUGGAUUUCCCCGUCCACGCAGCCGUUGAUGCAGAGCAACAGAGACACGAGGCUGAGGUUCUUGCACAUUGUGCAGCCGACUACUCAGCUGAGGCGUAA